AUGGUGGAGAAAUUCUUCCAGGACCAUGAGAGGAAGAUGCCUCGGGACAGUCUGAUCACCUCUGAGAAUGACAAAAGAAGCAAGCGGAAAAGAGCUAAGAGUAAACAAGAAACAAGCAGAAGAGAGAACAACGAAGAGGAAGAAGCUCAACUGACAGGUGGCAAGGGAACAAAAGCAAGAAAGGAUAUCAGAAAUGAAAAAACACGCAGAAUGGAGAAGGAGGAAGUGCGAGAAGUUGAUGAAAAUAUUGAUGAGGGAAAAAAGAAACAGGGAAGUACCAAAAAGGGAGAGAAGAAAGAAGAUGGAGGUAAACAGCUGGUAAAGGAAAAAGCCCGGGACAUAAAAAAGAAAAAGCACAAGAAGGCUGAAACAAGUUCAGAGCCAGAGACAAGCGAAGAGGACGAUGAUGAAGAAGAGGACAAUGACAAGGAUGUGGUGAGGCCGGAGUGUCUCUCUCCAGAGGAGCUGGAGAAGCUGAAGGAGGCAGUGGAUGAGAGGAAGAAACUGAUCCAAAGUCUAAGGGGAAAACCCUGGCCAAUGAAAAAGAAACUUGUCACUUUAAGGGAGUCUCAGGAGUUUGUGGAAAAAUAUGAAGGUGCCUUGGGAAAGGGAAAAGGCAGGAAGCUCUAUGCAUACAAAGUCCUGAUGACCAAGAAAUGGAUGAAAUUCCAACGGGACUUUGAAAACUUCAAAACUGCAUGCAUCCCAUGGGAGAUGAAAAUAAAGGAGAUUGAAAGUCAUUUUGGCUCCUCAGUUGCCUCAUACUUUAUCUUUCUGAGGUGGAUGUAUGGCAUCAAUAUGAUCUUGUUUGGUCUGACCUUUGGCCUGGUUAUGGUACCGGAGGCAUUAAUGGGGCGACCUUAUGGGAGCAUGCCAAGAAAGACUGUCCCCAGAGCUGAGGAGGCCAGUGCGAUGGACUUUGCUGUUCUUUGGGACUUUGGGGGUUACGCACAGUACUCAGUCCUCUUCUAUGGCUACUACAACAAUCAGCGUACGGUGGGCUGGCUCAAGUUUCGUAUGCCUCUGUCUUACUUCCUGGUUGGUGUCGGUACAGUGGCCUAUAGCUACAUGGUGGUCAUCAGAACGAUGGCACGUAAUGCAAAUGAAUCAGGGGUCGGCGAUGAUAACAGCUUCAAUUUCAGCUGGAAAAUGUUCACCAGCUGGGACUACCUGAUAGGAAAUGCUGAAACAGCAGACAAUAAGUUUGCUUCCAUCACCACCAGCUUCAAGGAGGCAAUCUUAGAGGAGCAAGAGAACCACAAGGAUGACAACAUCCAUCUGACUCGAUUCUUGCGUGUGCUGGCCAACUUCCUGGUCUUGUGCUGCUUAGCAGGAAGUGGAUACCUCAUCUACUUUGUAGUGCGGCGUUCUCAGAAAUUUGCCUUAGAUGGACUGGAGAAUCACACGUGGUGGGAAAGGAAUGAGGUGAACAUGGUCAUGUCAUUACUGGGGAUGUUCUGUCCGAUGCUGUUUGAUGUAAUCAGCACCCUGGAGAACUACCACCCGCGGGUUGCCCUGCAGUGGCAGCUUGGUCGCAUCUUUGCCCUCUUCUUGGGAAAUCUCUACACCUUCAUUAUUGCACUCAUGGAUGAGAUCAACCUUAAAAGGAAAGAGGAAAAGGUAGUGAAGUUUAAUAUAACCAUGUGGGAGGCCAGUCUUUACAAUGGCACCGUUUUAGAAAACAGUACUGCUCCACCCGUCACAAUCCACCCUGCUGAUGUGCCCAGAGGGCCUUGCUGGGAGACAAUGGUAGGCCAGGAGUUUGUUCGCUUGAUCAUAUCUGACACAAUGACAACUUACAUCACACUGCUGAUUGGUGAUUUCCUGAGAGCAGUUCUUGUUCGUUUUCUCAACUACUGCUGGUGUUGGGACCUAGAGGCUGGCUUUCCAUCCUACUCUGAGUUUGACGUCAGUGGGAACGUUUUGGGCCUGAUCUUCAAUCAAGGAAUGAUAUGGAUGGGUUCCUUCUAUGCGCCCUGUCUGCCUGCCUUAAACGUCAUCCGGCUCCAUGUCUCCAUGUACCUGCAGUGCUGGGCUGUUAUGUGCUGUAAUGUGCCACAAGAAAGGGUCUUCAAAGCCUCUGGUUCCAACAACUUCUACAUGGCCAUGUUGCUGGUCAUCCUCUUUCUGUCCACACUGCCUGCCAUCUACACCAUUGUCUCCAUUCCCCCUUCAUUUGACUGUGGACCUUUCAGUGGUAAGAACCGCAUGUUUGAUGUGAUCCACGAGACUCUGGAGUCUGACUUUCCUCCAUGGUUUAGCAAAGUUUUCAGCUACGCCUCUAACCCUGGAUUGGUGCUACCCUUCAUACUUCUUAUGGUACUGGCCAUUUAUUACUUGCAAUCUACAUCCAAAAGCUACAGAGAAGCAAAUGUGGAGCUGAAGAAAAAGCUACAAAUGCAAAAUGAGGAGAACAAGAGGAAGAACAAACGAGCAGCACUGAAAGCUCAAAUGGAUUUGGAGGAGGCCAGAAAGACUGCACAAGAGCAACAAAGGAACAACAAUGCUUCAGUACAGGAUCAAGAAGUGUACUGUGUCAGUGAACUGAGUGACUCAUGGAUGAAGAUGAGACUGAGUCGGAAGUGA